CAGCGCAGCGCCGAGAGUUGAUUACGGUACAUUCAAAGAGCGAGGCGCCGAAUCGGCGUCUAAGGAGAAUCUUAAAAAACAAGUGGUUCUGAUAAAGAGCACAAGCCCCGAGCCUCCAACUGGCCAGGGAAAGCCAGCUCUGUCAGGCAACGUUCUCGCCCAGCAGUCCGCAACGGAGGGCCAACUGUUCUGCCCCACGGUGCCGCCGCCCUGCGCGUGCGCAAACUACUGUCAAACGCACAGACCGCGGCCCGGAAGGAAAAAAGGCGGGAGCCGCCAAUCCCGGGUGGGGCAAAAUGGCGCCGGAAGAUGAGAUGCUAGAAUUCACGCACAGCUUUUUCCGAGGCCGUCCUGACCUUAGCGCGCUCACGCACUCCAUAGUGCGGCGGAAAUUCUUGACUCACGUGGGCCGGAAUCACCUGGAACCCGAGGAGAAGCAGGCACUGAAGCGGCUGGUGGAGGAGGAGCUGCUGAAGAUGCAGGUGGAUGCUGGUACCACGGAAGAAAAGCUAGAUUUUAUCAAAGUAAAGAGGCCUUCUGCCCCCUGCAGUGACCCAGAGAGAAAAAGGUUCCGCUUCAAUUCCGAGUCAGAGUCCAGCUCUGCACCCUCCAGCCCGGACUGCUUGGGACCCCCAGUAAAGAACAGGACAGCCAGGGAGGAAGAGGAGGAGCAGGAAAGUCCAAGGCCAGCCUUGAAGAAGGCAGUUGAAAGCACAGAUGAAGAACAACAAACAGACCUGGUUGCGAAAAUGGGAUUGGAGGAGGGCAGUGAGGAGGAAGGGGAGGGCUCUGUCAGGUCAAGCAAGGUCUGGAAGGAAGAGAACAGUGAGGAAGAUGAUGAUAGGGAAAAAGAACAGAACAACAGACCUAGGAAGAAGGCUGGGACCAAGAACAAGCCCGCACUACGAGAGGCCUCAGCCACUAAGAAGCAGGCCAGAGAAGAAAGUGAAAACAGUGAGGAAGAACCUGUCUUGAGGAGAGCCAAGAAGGUGGGGGGAAACAGAGGCACUAAGAGCUGCCAGGAAAGUGAAGACAGUGAAGAGGAGGUGACCCUAGCCAAUAGAGGGGACAGGGAGCCCAGAGCAAAGAGCAAAAGUGGGGAGAGGACAGCUUGGGAGGGGAUGGGUUAUAAGCAGAAAAGCAGGCCUGGCAGGCUAACUGGAGACUUGAGGGACAGUGAGGAAGAGAAGGAAGAAGUGGCAGCAAACAGUGGGGACAAGAGCAGGGGAGAUGAGUACCCAGUGCAGAGAAAGAGUGAGGGCAGGAAACAGCAGAGUGCAAGCAGUGAGGAUAAUGAAGACAGCAGAAAAGAGCAAGCAACUUCUCAAGACACUGCGAAGACAGGCAAGUGGGUUAACAUCCGUGGUGAGAGUGACACUGAGAGGGAGAUGAGUGAAGCAGAGGAGAGCCCCAAGGGAGAGAGGAAGAACCGCUCUUCUAGGAAGAGCUCCAAGAAAGGCAAAGCGCGAAGCUCCUCUUCCUCGUCAGAUGGAAGUCCGGAGCCCAAAGGCCAGAAGGCUAGCUCUCGUGGCUGUGGAGAGGACCACCCAGCUGUGGUGAGGCUAAAGCGCUAUAUUCGUGCUUGUGGUGCCCAUCGAAACUAUAAGAAGCUGCUGGGCUCCUGUCGCUCCCACAAGGAGCGUUUGUCUGUCCUCAGGGCUGAGCUGGAAGCCCUGGGCAUGAAGGGUAAUCCUUCCUUGGAGAAGUGUCGGGCCCUGAAGGAGCAGCGGGAAGAGGCAGCCGAGGUGGCUUCCUUGGAUGUUGCCAACAUCAUCAGUAGUUCAGGCCGACCACGAAGACGCACUGCCUGGAAUCCUUCAGGUGAAGCAGCCUCUGCAAGGGAGCUGUAUCACCGAACCCUGGACUCCGAAGAAGAACGGCCACGUCAGGGACCUCCAGACUGGUCCCAUAUGCGUGGCAUCAUCAGCAGUGAUGGUGAGAGCAGCUGAGCUCCAUCUCUCAGGAGGGAUAAGAACCUGCAGAGCUGAGGCAGCUUUCAGAGGAGGAAAACUACAGCCCCAGGGACUAAGUUGUUGGCACACUACUCACUUUUAUGUUCUUGGUUUAAGGUUUUUUUUUCCUCUUUUCAAGACUUAAUAAAGGAAUGUUUGUAAUCACUUCA